AUGGUGUACCACGGCCCUAGCGCCGGCUGCAAGGCAUGUCGAACUCGGCGUGUGAAAUGUGAUCAAAGGAAACCAUCGUGCAACAACUGUAUUCGACGCCGGGCUGUGUGCCCCGGAUACGGGGAUGUAUUUGAUGGCGCGCACCGAAGUCAAAACAAGGUAGUGAUACGCAGAGUAGAGAAGCAGAACGCUGCGAAAGACGCAGAUUCGGCUAGCAGCACUCCAGGUAGCGACUUAUCGCUGGAGAUCUCGCCAGCCACCACUUCGACAUCUUCGAAUGACUCGGCUACAACCAAACCACAAGGUCCGCUCCAGUGGAUCAUCUAUUCUGCGACCCCGGAAGAACAUGGAGAAGGUUACAGCAAGACACUGCAGCUUGGGAAAAUUCAUCCUGCAAGGCUCUCGAAAAUCGAUCCGAGCGCUACUCACAUGUCGAUUCCUGAUUCAUUGAAGCAAAGUCCCGAGGAUGCCUCUGUGAAUUUCUUCUUCCGCUUCUACACGGGAACCAUCGACGACCCCCAACUUCACCAUUCUUUUGCACUACUAUGGCAGCCACUGUAUCUUAGGUCAUCUGCAAACUCGCCCUUGAGACUUGCAACAGCGGCAGUGACGGUCAACAUCACCAUGAUGUGGAGCUUCCAAGGCUGUGAUGCUCGCCCAGCACGCAAACUAUUCACCGAGGCCAUAGCGGCGACGCGAGAAGCAAUCAACAACCCUACAGAGAGAGAUAUGGAUGAACUUUUGAUGACCAUAUUGCUCUUUGACCUCUACGACUCUCUCUUGCUGCAUUAUGUACGUAAUCCCCCCACAAACUACGGCAAGCACAAGGACGGAGCACUGGCUUUGGUCAAACAUAGGGGAUUGUCCAACUACACCUCCCUCGUUGGUAGGGCCCUCACCAAUGCCACACGACACAACUUCCUCGACUACUCCCUUUCCCACCGACUCCCAAUGCCAGUGGGAUCACAGGAAAUCUUCUCCCACCCAGCUAUUGGCGAAAGCAGAGCAGCCCAGCUCGACGUGCUAACAAUCGAGACCGUCAACGCUCAGGCCCGUCUCUGGGCCUUACGCCGCGACGUCUCGUCUACAAUGACGAGAACACAGCGUACAAAAGCGUACGAGGACCUUAUUGCCGACGCCAUCCGCAUUGACGAGCUAUUCAUGACGUGGAAACGUGCCAUCACCUGCCGCGACUGGCUACCACUAUUCGUCUCUCGUGAGGAGGUCCCGCCGUCCAUUUUGGGAGCAGGCUUCUAUGGCACCAAAUGCGCAGUAUGGAAAGACUUGGCCGCAGCUGAGAUGUACAAUCUGCAUGCCUUGCGCCGGCUUUUCGUGCUCCAGAUGAUCCGCCAAUCCCUUGCCGACGAGCCCACACUCCUGGCGGAAACCAAUUAUCGAACAUACCUGGCCAAAGCCAACGCCGCGGUCCAAUCACUCGUCGACUGCAUCUGCGAGACCAUCCCAUUCCACCUGGGCGACACGGUCGUGCCCACCAACCCGCUAUACAGCUCCGAAGUCGCGAUGCCCUGCAAAAUCGUGAGGGACCCGUCGACGGGAGAACCCCGCAGCAUCCCAGAUCUCGAAGGCAGUGACUUCAGGAUGAGGGCCGCUGCGUCGGGCGGCUGGAUGGUCUUUUCCCACCUCGUCGAUAUCUACAGGCUGGCCGAGCCGGAGGAUGACGCCGAGCCCAUCGUGUUGAGAGCCGGCCAGCUGGACUGGAUCAAGGGCCAGAUCAAGAGGCUGCAGACCACGUUUCUGUACUGCGACCCCCUGUGGUAA